GACGAAUGCACUUAAUUCUGAAUGGAGUUGGGGGUGUAGAUCGGCUGUGCUUGUCAGAGACGUGCUGGAAAUAGGUGUUUUACUUUACAUGAGUACAGUAGGUGCCUCGUUUAGGGGAUCAGGUUAGAUCAUCUAGUGUUGUCGAAAGUUACUGCGAUCGGAACAAGUUUAGCGCUACGGAAUAAAAGCCGACCUUAGAAGAAGCAUAUAGGCAACGAAUAAUUACACAAAGGAAAUGGACGCUUCAUUUUGUAUUGUAUUUGCUUUUAUCCUUAACAUAUUACCAUGCCAUGUACAGCCUGUGCAAAUGUGCAACGUCAAGAAUGAAAUUGAACUACAAAGACAGCAGUGUGAGAAGAAUUUAGAAAACGUCACCUCAGGCUGCAAAGGCAUGUGGGAAAUCGUUGCCUGCUGGCCCUCAGCCAGGGUGGGGGAGGUGGUCACCAUCUCCUGUCCCAAAUACUUCAGUUACUUCAGCGACCAUCACAAAGGUAAUCUCUCAAAGGUUUGCAGAGCUGAAGGCUGGACAGAAAUGGACCCCAUCACCAUAGUCCGGAACUGUGGUUACAAUAGUAGCAGUGAUGAUGGUACUUUUUUUUGGACAGUGAAGAUUGGAUAUACCAUUGGCCACAGUGUGUCCUUGAUCUCUCUCACUACGGCCAUCAUAAUUCUCUUUGUAUUCAGAAAAUUGUACUGCACCCGGAACUACAUCCACAUGAACCUGUUUGUGUCAUUCAUCCUGAAAGCCAUUGCUGUGUUCAUCAAGGAUGCCAUCCUGUAUGAGGUUGGGGAACCUGAGAACUGCCCCUCCAAAACGGUUAGAUGCAAAGCAGCUAUUGUCUUCUUCCAGUACUGCAUUAUGGCCAGCUUCUUCUGGCUCUUAGUAGAGGGCCUAUACCUCCACGCACUUUUGGCUGUCUCCUUCUUCUCGAAGAGGAAGUAUUUCUGGUGGUACAUUCUGAUUGGCUGGGGAGGACCAACUAUCUUCAUAACUUCGUGGGGUGUGACUAAGGCCUAUUUUAAUGAUGUUGGAUGCUGGGACAUCAUUGAAACGUCAGAUCCGUUUUGGUGGAUCAUCAAAACACCGAUUCUAGCAUCAAUAUUGAUGAACUUCAUUCUAUUUAUUUGCAUUGUCCGAAUCCUUCGACAGAAGAUAAAUUGUCCUGAUAUAGGACGGAAUGAGUCCCAUCAAUAUUCGAGGUUGGCAAAAUCAACUUUGCUCCUGAUUCCACUCUUUGGAAUCAAUUACAUCAUCUUCGCGUUCAUUCCUGACAAUGUGAAGACUGAAUUGAGACUGGUGUUUGACCUUAUUUUGGGCUCAUUUCAGGGUUUUGUGGUAGCAGUGCUAUAUUGUUUCCUGAAUGGAGAGGUACAGGCAGAGAUCAGGAGGAAGUGGAGGAGGUGGCGCCUGGAGAGGUUCCUGGGUGCCGAUGUGAAGUACCAGCACCCAACCAAUGGCAACAACUUUGCCACGCAGAUCUCUAUGCUGACGAGGUGCAGCCCCAAGACGCCCCGAGCCUCCGCCUGCCAGGACGAGCUGAUCUGACAUGACAUCCUUCUCCAGCUGACCUCUGUCGCCACAGGGAUCCAAGUGAACAGAGCACAGGGAGAGUGAGGGACCACAACUGAUUGCAAAGAAGACCAUCUGAGAGCAGUGUGCAUCAGGAAAGCCCUCCCUGUUGACUUUGUGAUGUUAGCAGAUACAUUUGAACAUUUAAAUACAGUACUUUGUCAGUUACACAGAUCGCAUUUUUAGCUAUGUGUCAAACCCCCAGUAAACUACUGACCACA